AGAGAGGGGGCGGUGGCUUCCGGGAUGUGGCGCGGUCUUUGCGUCUGGUUACUGCCAGGCAGCGGGUUAGGGGCUUCAUCUCUCUGCGUCCUCAGUUCUGGGAGGCCUUGGUGAUUCGGCCACAGACUCAGCCUCCGUUGCUCUGUGACCUGCGGGUAUUGGAUGAUUCGUAGCUAAGACUCCCGAAUACCCCAGAAGUGGGGAAAUGGAACUCUUAACAUUCAGGGAUGUGGCCAUAGAAUUCUCUCCAGAAGAGUGGAAAUGCCUGGACCCUGCCCAGCAGAAUUUGUAUAGAGAUGUGAUGUUGGAGAACUACAGGAACCUGGUCUCCCUGGGUGUUGCUAUCUCUAACCCAGACCUAGUCACCUGUCUGGAGCAAAGAAAAGAGCCCUACAAUGUGAAGAUACAUAAGAUCGUAGCCAGACCCCCAGCUAUGUGUUCUCAUUUCACCCAAGACUUUUUGCCAGUGCAGGGGAUAGAAGAUUCAUUCCACAAACUUAUACUGAGAAGAUAUGAGAAAUAUGGGCAUGAUAAUUUACAAUUAAGGAAAGACUGUAAAAGUAUGAGUGUGUGUAAAGUGCAGAAAGGAGUUUAUAGUGGAAUUAAUCAAUGCUUGUCAAAUACUCAGAGCAAAAUAUUUCAAUGUAAUGCACAUGUCACAGUUUUUAGUAAAUUUGCAAAUUCAAACAAAGAUAAGACAAGACAUACUGGAGAGAAACACUUUAAAUGUAACGAAUGUGGCAAGUCAUUUCAGAAGUUCUCAGACCUAACUCAACAUAAAGGAAUUCAUGCUGGAGAGAAACCCUACACUUGUGAAGAACGUGGCAAAGACUUUGGAUGGUACACAGACCUGAAUCAACACAAAAAAAUUCAUACUGGAGAGAAACGUUACAAAUGUGAAGAGUGUGGCAAAGCCUUUAAUAGGUCAACAAACCUUACUGCACAUAAGAGAAUUCACACCAGAGAGAAAUCCUACACAGGUGAAGAUCGUGACAGAGCCUUUGGAUGGUCCACAAACCUGAAUGAAUAUAAGAAAAUUCAUACUGGAGAUAAACCCUACAAAUGUGAAGAAUGUGGGAAAGCCUUUAUACAUUCCUCACACCUGAAUAAACAUGAGAAAAUUCAUACUAGAGAGAAGCCGUACAAAUGUAAGGAAUGUGGCAAAGUCAUUACCUCAUCCUCAAGCUUUGCUAAACAUAAGAGGAUUCAUACAGGCGAGAAACCCUUUAAAUGUUUAGAAUGUGGUAAAGCCUUUAAUAUUUCCACAACCCUUACUAAACAUAGGAGAAUUCAUACUGGAGAGAAACCCUACACAUGUGAAGUAUGUGGCAAAGCCUUUAGACAGUCCGCAAUCCUUUAUGUACAUAGGAGAAUUCAUACUGGAGAGAAACCCUACACAUGUGAAGAAUGUGGUAAAACCUUUAGACAGUCCGCAAACCUUUAUGUACAUAGGAGAAUUCAUACUGGAGAGAAACUUUACAAAUGUGAAGACUGUGGCAAAGCCUUUGGACGGUACACAGACCUGAAUCAACACAAGAAAAUUCAUACUGGAGAGAAACCUUACAAAUGUGAAGAGUGUGGCAAAGCCUUUAGUAGGUCAAGAAACCUUACUACACAUAGGAGAGUUCACACCAGAGAGAAACCCUACAAAUGUGAAGAUCAUGGCAGAGCCUUUGGAUGGUCCACAAACCUGAAUGAAUAUAAGAAAAUUCAUACUGGAGAUAAACUCUACACAUGUAAAGAAUGUGGGAAAGUGUUUAAACAGUCCUCACACCUGAAUAGACAUGAGAAAAUUCAUACUGGAAAGAAACCCUACAAAUGUAAGGAAUGUGGCAAAGUCAUUACCUCAUCCUCAAGCUUUGCUAAACAUAAGAGGAUUCAUACAGGCGAGAAACCCUUUAAAUGUUUAGAAUGUGGUAAAGCGUUUACUAGUUCCACAACCCUUACUAAACAUAGGAGAAUUCAUACUGGAGAGAAACCCUACACAUGUGAAGAAUGUGGCAAAGCCUUUAGACAGUCUGGAAACCUUUAUGUACAUAGGAGAAUUCAUACUGGAGAGAAACCCUACACAUGUGGAGAAUGUGGCAAAACCUUUAGACAGUCUGCAAAUCUUUAUGCACAUAAGAAAAUUCAUACUGGAGAGAAACCCUACACGUGUGGAGAAUGUGGCAAAACCUUUAGACAGUCUGCAACUCUUUAUACACAUAAGAAAAUUCAUACUGGAGAUAAAACCAUACAAGUGUAAAGAAUGUGGCAAAGCCUUUAAGUCAUACUCCAGCAUUCUUAAACAUAAGAGAACUCAUACCAGGGAAUGUCUUACGAAGGUGAAGAAUGUGGCAGUCUUUAAAUGCUCCUUGAUCCUUUCUAAUCAUAAGAUAAUUCAUAAUGGAGAGAAACUCGACAAAUGUGAAAAAUGUGAGAAAGCUUUUAACCACACCUCAAUCUGUUGUAGACAUAAGAGUAAUUAUAUUGAUGAGAAGCCAAAUUAAAAUUGAAAAUGUGGCAAAGACUUCCAAUUCUAGUCACUUCUUAGUGUAUGUAAUUCCUACUGAAGAAAACACCUGGAAAUACAAAAAAUGUGGCAAAACUUGUAACCAAUGCUUAGUAUUUUUGCACAUGAUAGUAUUUAUAUGUGAGAAUACUUGUACAAAUAUAAAAAUAUACAAAAGCUAUUAAUGUCUAUUUGAAAUUGAUAGUUAAUAAGAGCAUUAUAAAUGUAAUUUCUGUUGAAAGACCUUUUAGAAAAUAUAGGCCAUUAAAGUGAAGAAGAGUAGUCUUAAGACAGAAUACAAAGAUAAAGAGGGCUCUAGUAUCUGUACUUGUAUCCCAGAACUUACUAUAUACAUUUGUACUAGAGGAAAACUCUGAAGCAGUUGCUUAAACUUUGUUCAACAUCAGAGAAUUUAUAUUGGAGAGAAAUCCUACAAAUGUAAUAAAUGUGGAAAAACCUCUGUCCAGAAACUGCAGGUUAAGAAACACCAGAGGCCAGGCGCAGUGGCUCACACCUGUAAUCCCAACACUUUGGGAAGUCAAGGAGGGUGGAUCACCUGAGGUCGGGAGUUCGAGGACAGCCUGACCAAUAUGGAGAAACCCCGUCUCUACUAAAAAUACAAAAAUUAGCAGGACAUGGUGGUGCAUGGCUGUAAUCCCAGCUACUCAGGAGGCUGAGACAGGAGAAUGGCUUGAACCCAGGAGGUGGAGGUUGCAGUGAGCCAAGAUCGUGCCAUCGCACUCCAGCCUGGGUAACAAGAAUGAAACUCUCUCAAAAAAAGAAACACCAGAGAGUUUUUACUAGAAUAUAACUUGUAGAUGCAGUAAAUGUGAAGAAAUAUUUAGGCUAAAAUUAAGACUAUGUAAACAUCAGAGGAUUUACAGUAGAAAGAACUAAGGAACUAACACUUCAGACUUUAAAAUCAGAGUAUUAAGUAUAACAAAAGUUGAACCUGUUGGAAAAGUUCUUUGUAUAUAAGUUGAAAAAUAGGUUUUUGAAGAGAUAUAUUCAAAGUAUAUUUUUUUCACUUGAAAAAAGUAAAAAUUUUUUUGAAAAGCAAAUAAUUCAACUCUAAAAUUAUACUAUUUCAACAUUCUCAUGUGAAAGCAUGUGAUGAAUUGUUGCUGCAUCAGAGAUAUGAGAAAUUCCUUUGCAUUAGGUGGGCAUUAUUCAUACACUUCUACAUGAAAGAGAAAUGAAAGAUGCAUCAGGAAAAUCUGAGCAGAGAGGCUUUUAGUGGUUGACUUAUUGAGUGAUGCCUGAAGUAGGUGUUCAGAGUAAUACUUUGCGUUAUACUGAGAGAGAAUCUGAAUUUUAGUAGUAAAUUGUUUUGCCAACUGUACAUGUAUGUAAUAAAUGUAAUAAAAUGCAGUAAAUUUAAAAAUUAUCUUAAGAUCAUAUGUGAACUUAAUUUUUGAAAUAAAAAUUGUUAUUGUGUUAAAA